GUGGCGUCACAGAGAAUUGUUGACAAAUUCCAGCUAGCUGCUGCUAGUUAGCAUGAGAUUAAUCUGACAUUUAUUGAUAAACUAACGGUGAUAAUGAGUUGUCCAGAGGACAGACACGGGACAAAGCGACCAGCGUCUCCUAGCGACAACGGCGCCACCCAGUGGGCGUCAGCUGAUCUGGGCAGCAGCGAGAGGAAGCAGAAGUUUUUACGUCUGAUGGGCGCCGGAAAGAAAGAACCGACGGGACGCCUCGUCAUCGGAGACCACAAGUCCACGUCCCACUUCCGCAGCGGGCAGGAGGACCGCCGCAUGAACGAGCAGCUGGAGAUGCAGUACCAGCAGAGCAUGGACGGGAAGCUGUCGGGACGCAACCGCAGACACUGUGGGCUGGGCUUCAGCGAGCCUGAGCCUCCGCUGCCCGUCCCUCCAGUGGACGGUGAGGUUAAACCCACAGAGCCAGAGCCAGAGAAGUCCUCCAGUGAAGAGAAACCCACAGAGUCGAAGGAGGACCGGGACAGCGAGUCGGACCCGGAGGACCGGGCCUCGGACCGGGCCUCGGACCGGACCUCGGACCGGACCGCCUCCAGCUCAGACAGCAGCGACGACGAGCGCAAACACGGCUACAAAACACCGUCUGACAAGUCAUCGUAGAAACGUUUCAGCAGGGAAAAUUAGUUUUGUAACCUCAAAUUUGUACAUUUUGAUGUUCUUUGUUUAAAGUAGGCAGCAUCUCAGUCCUUUUUACUGUGUAGGAACGGUUCUCUACACAAACACACCAUCCUGAACCGCAUGAAUUCAGUUUACAGGAUAAAACCUUUUGGAGGCAUAUCAAGUUAAAGAUGGAUUACAUUUUUAUUUGAACAUUUUAACUCAGUCACUGAAACGGGAUCGCUUGCCAUUCAGCAUGAUUGGUAUAAACAUUGUGAAUUUUGUGAAUUCUUGUUUGAAAACCAAUAAAAGGAAGUGUCAGUUUGUCA